CGCAUAUCAUUCUCAGACCCCAUCUCACAACGCGACUCAGUAUCUACGUUCAUAAAGAUACCAACCAGUCAUCAUGUCCGGCAUCCUUGAUCAAGCCAAAGCAGCCGCCACGUCGGCUUACGAAACUGGAUCGAAUCUAGCCCAGCAAGCAGCCGCUGCGACAUCAGACCUCGCCAACCAGGCUGCCAACUCAGAGACUGGCAAGUCUGUCACUGCUCAGGCUCACAACCUCGGAGCUCAAGCUCAAGCGGCUCUUUCAGGAGCAGCUGUCAAGGCUGGGGAGUUGUCAGGCGUAGCUCAUCAACAAGCUCAUAAUCUUGCUCCUGGAGUCGUUCCUGCGCCAGAAGCUGGAGUCGACAAGUCUUCUGACCUCGAACCUGAGAAGCCAGCGGAUCGUCAAGAACUACAAAAAUUGCUGCAGAGAAGACCUACAGCCGAGGAGCUGAAGAGACAGGGAAUCUUGAAAGGUGACCCAGGUGACAGUCUCGCCGGCAAGCGAGCUGAUCUGGAGCGAUCUAUGCUUGAGGACAAACUAGAAAAGGACAUCGCCGCAAGACCGACCGAGGAAGAGCUUGUCAAGAAAGGUAUCCUAUCUCCGACCGACGAGAAGCCCCCUGCCGAUUUCAAGUGAACGAGUCAGUCCCAUUGCCGGGCCGAGUUCUGUGCUUUUUGAAAGCGAUUCCCCGAAAUAAAAGAGAAGGAAUCUAUGAGGGGAGUUUGCAUGUCAGCAAGAAUGAAUCAAUGGAUGACAGACACCCUUGUCGGGGGCCGAUGGUCUCCUUCAGAGUGCACAUUCGCUAUGACUGCCUGUCCAAAUGAGCCGAAUUGAGGUCGUGACAUACCCCAGUGACAUUUGGCCGUGGAUUACCGUGGAAGGCAUUUGGGCGCUAUUUUCUCUUUCCCCGCCUUUUUUGAAUUCAUCCGGGAAUCACAAUGUUGGGGGAAUGAAUUCGG